UAUCUCAACCAAAGACCUGGUACGAUUAAAUCCCAUCUUUGAGGAUCUCUAUCAUCGGUGUUUGCCCAGACCAAUAGAUUUGCUUACUUUGAUGCUGAUGUACACUAAAAAUGUUAUCUGGCUUCAGGUUUAGUUCACCAUUCUAUUUAUGAUAACAUCGGUUUUGUUACUGCGAACAUUUCCGCCCAAAAAGUUUUCGUCGUAGGUUCCAGGCGCAAACAUCAUGACAUCCUGUUGAAUGACUCGCUCAGAUCAAUGGUACUAUUGUUUUUUUAGUAGGAGGGCACAUUGUCACAAGUUGGACGUUGGUGGUUAGAUCUUCAAGAAUCUCAGUACCCGACGCCCCUGAAGCGCCGUCACCUCGAAGUUCGUAGUUAGAUCUUCCAAGGAUUUGGAUGCUUGACCUUUUUUGCAUUGAUCAGAAUCCAUCUACAGCUUCAAUCAUGUCCGACUAUACAGAUGAACAAUCUUUCAGAACCGGCGAUACGUUAGCCGAUGUCGAGAUGGAGAGACGAGAAGAUGACUAUGGGGAUCAAGAAGGGUUACUUUCCGGCGAGAAGGAUGAUUUAUCACCAAAUGAAUCUUCACGGUCCAGCGAUACGUUGGAUGAUGUUGAGAUGCAAAGGCGAGAAGAUGACUAUGGAGAUCAAGAAGGAUUACUGUCUGGCGAGAAAGAUAAACCAUCACAAGAGGUCGAAGUCAAAAAGAUAUGGCGUCUGACAACCUUUUCGUGGAUAAUUAUAUCGUUUUUGGCAGUGAUAGGAAUAACACUCACGAUGAUGAAGAUAGCGUGGGCUUUCAUCCCUAAUGAGAGCACGAUAAUUGAUUAUCCAGAGACAAUACUCAACGAUUUUCGCCGGUCAGCAAACGACUACAUAUUAGAUCCAAACUGGGAUUUUGAUGCCUCUCCAAAAGUUCGAACAUAUCAUUGGACUAUAAAGGAUAUCGAAGCAAAUCCAGAUGGAGUUUUCAGGCCUAUGAUAACUAUUAACUCGCAAUUUCCUGGUCCAAUGAUUGAAUGUAAUGAGGGUGAUGCUUUGGUUAUUAACGUUGAUAAUCAAGGUGUCAAUGCUACCUCCAUACAUUUCCAUGGUAUUUUUCAAAAUGGGACGAACCAUAUGGACGGUACUACAGGCAUCACACAAUGUCCUAUUGCACCGGGUCAUAAAUUUCGAUAUGAGUUCAAUGUCACGGGUCAAUCUGGCACUUACUACUAUCAUGGGCACCAAGCUGUACAAAUCGCUGAUGGCGUGUAUGGACCCUUGGUUAUUCAUUCUAAGAAAGAGAAGACUUUACAGCAAAUUUUAUAUGCGACGGAUCGAGUAGUCAUGCUCCAAGAUUACUAUCAUGAACUUAGUAGUGGACUCCUGAUCGAAAAUCUUCAACCUGGAAGCGAAUCCUCACCAAUUCCUGAUGGAGCUUUGAUCAAUGGACUUAACAGUCGAGAUUGUUCCGUUCUACCACAUCGAACAUGUGACAACUCGACAACCAGUCUUUCUUCAUUCGAUUUAACUGCAAAUGCGAAUCAUCGACUACGAUUCAUUAAUACUGGUGCAUUUGCUUGGUUUCAAGUCAGCUUGGACGAACAUGAGUUUGCAAUCACUGAAGUUGAUGGUACAGAUAUCAUGCCAUCAUAUGAGACUCGCAUGAUGAUUGGUCCUGCACAACGAUAUAGUAUGAUCUUGAACACAAACCAGAUUUCAACCGAUGCUUUUUGGCUUCGAGCACGAAUGGUUACUCAUUGUUGGAAAGAACCCGAGAAACCAGCCCAUCCAGCUGAUGAAGUUCGAGCCAUCAUUCGUUAUGUUUCGAAUAAAGACACGCCUAGAAACAUAACCUCUCAACCCACUUCCAAAAAUUGGGAAAAGGCGAUUGAAGUAGAAUGUAGGGAUAUGAAUAUCAGCUCCUACAUCCCUACAUCUUUCGAACCAGCUCCUACAAUAGCAGAUCAUAGCUAUUUCCUUCGUGCAAAUCUCGAAAGAAAGAACUGGCGUCUAGAGCGAGGCUACUUCAAUACCUCUACUUUCCGCCCUCAAAUCCAAUAUCCAACACUUCACCGCACAAUCGAUGGUUUCGCCACUAAGAAUGAAUCAUUCACAUCCAUGAGCAGUAUCAACGGUGUUAAUCCCAUCUCGUACGACCAAACAAACGAUUUCCUGAUCCAACAUUCCGGAAUCAAGGUCAUCGAUAUAAUCGUCCGAAACUUUGAUGAAGGAAAUCACCCCAUGCAUUUACAUGGACACAAAUUUUGGGUUCUAGGCCAAGGUCACGGUCCUUUCCCUGGUUACAAAGCUUUGAAUCUUCAAUCUGAAGGUCGUGGAACAUUGCCAGGUCAUGAACACGCGCUAGAUAAUUUGAUAAGAAGAGAUGUAGCAUCGGUAGAAGGAUAUGGAUGGUUAGCUCUUCGAUUCGUGGCGGAUAAUCCGGGUAUAUGGGCAUUUCAUUGUCAUAUGAUGUGGCAUGGAGAGGCUGGAAUGGUGAUGCAAUUUGUAGAUCGACUUGACGAAGUGAAGAAAUGGAAGAUUCCCGAAGCAAACCAAAAAUUAUGCGAGGUAGAUAUUGGGGAGUUGGAAAAGGGUGCAGUACCUAAAGAUGAAAUUUGGUUCGGGUUCGAAGAUGAAGAUUGAGUGGAUAGAGAUUGAGGUUUAAGAGUUAUUUAAUGUGCUGGGCUUGAGGUGAGGAUACUGGUGAAGUCCGUACAUAUAUCCACCUGCAUUUCCGAUGUCAUCAGACUUUGCAGACGGAACUUGCGAAUAUCUAUUCUUCCUUCCCAUGAUUUAGGUGGAAAGACACCCCAUAGGAUACGUCUAGGAUAUACACACGGCGACUAUAUCCACCCCUCACCAUCUCAUUCUGAAUAUCAAAAAUUCACGAUAUAUAUCGUAUACGAGAUGCAAGACAAAAGAUACAAAAUACAACCACUACCACCACCUAUCAUGCAUCCCUAACAUCAAAGCCAUUCCACGAAGAACCUCUUCACAACAUGAGAUGGUCUCGCACACUUACACCACAACUCCCAACGUUAACCACGGCUCCCAACCACGAGCCGCGAGCCACACUAUGGAUCAUCCGAGAAUCCUUAGGUUUUGAAUAUGAAUGGUGAUAGAUAUACAUGUAGAUGUGCAUAUAGAAGAUAGAAAUAGAAAGGAAUACAUCACCACACUCCAUAUUCAGCAAACACUUACUCUUUCUUCUAUUCGAUUUUGUAUACUGAUUCGGUGAUUCUGCUUAGAAUGUAUAGAUAGAUUGAUAUAUUACAUACAUACACACACACACAUGUACAUAGAAUACCAA